AUCGAUCAGCGCUCUCCGUGAGCCUUCUUCCGGCGUUCGCGCGCUCUGUUCUUGUCCCAGUUGACGCCAUUUUGUGCGGUGGCGGGAGAAGUGGCUAGACGAGUGUAAUGAGAAUUCAUGUCUGAUCUUGAGCAAUGCUGAAACCUACAGCCACUGUCUUUUCAUUGGACAAUUUGUUUUUUGAAAGAUCAGAUGCCAAUCAAAACAGAUAUUUAGAACACGAAGAACCAAAAAAUUGGUAUCUUGCACCUGCUCCAUCUGUUACUGGAAUUCCAGCCACUCAGGAGUUACAGAAGGAACUGGAAAAAAAUAACUGUCUAGAUGGAAAAGAAGCUAAAGUACAGUCAUUUCCUGAUGCUUCAAAGACUUUUGGCAUGGAAGGAACUAUAAAAAAAGAUUUGGGGUUUUUGAGGGCUGUUACAGAAAUCCCUGCUCAGUUUAGAAAUAUUUUCAAGGAAUUCCCAUAUUUUAACUACAUACAGUCCAAGGCUUUGGAUGAUAUUCUUUACACAGAUAGGAAUUUUGUGAUUUGUGCGCCGACUGGUUCUGGAAAAACUGUAAUGUUCGAACUAGCUAUUACAAGGUUACUAAUGGAAGUGCCGAUGCCUUGGUUAAAUAUUAAAAUUGUCUAUAUGGCUCCAAUAAAAGCUCUGUGCAGUCAGCGUUUUGAUGAUUGGAAAGAUAAAUUUGGACCUAUAGGGCUCAGCUGUAAAGAAUUGACAGGAGAUACAGUGAUGGAUGAUUUAUUUGAAAUACAACAUGCUCACAUUAUUACGACCACACCAGUAGGGAAGCCACAAGAGCUGUCAUGCGACUCUCUCUCCAGCAGUAUGUUUUGGGUGCCAUGGGCCACCAGCAGAGAGGAAAAAUGGGAUAGCAUGACUAGAAAAUGGAGAGACAACUCUUUAGUCCAACUGGUACGACUGUUCCUCAUUGACGAGGUACAUGUUGUGAAAGAUGAAAGCCGUGGUGCAACACUUGAGGUUGUAGUCAGUCGAAUGAAGACUAUACAGUCUUCUCUUUCACGUAUCUCAGAGAAUCCUGCCACGCUUACUCCCAUGAGAUUUGUGGCUGUUUCUGCAACAAUCCCAAAUGCUGAGGAUAUUGCAGAAUGGCUUUCAGAUGGUAUGAGACCUGCUGUAUGUCUGAAAAUAGAUGAAAGUCAUCGACCUGUGAAGCUUCGCAAAAUAGUUCUUGGAUUUCCCUGCAGUAGCAACCAAACAGAAUUCAAAUUUGACUUAACACUUAACUACAAAAUAGCUAGUGUUGUACAAACAUACUCUGAACAGAAACCAACCCUUGUGUUUUGUGCCACAAGAAAAGGAGUACAGCAGGCUGCUUCAGUUCUCGCAAAAGAUGCUAAAUUUAUUAUGACUGUGGAACAGAAACAAAGAUUACAAAAGUGUGCAAAUUCAACAAAAGAUACCAAAGUGAGAGAUCUUUUAAUGUGUGGUGUGGCUUAUCAUCAUGCUGGUAUGGAGCUAUCUGAUAGAAAAAUAAUUGAAGGAGCUUUUACCAGGGGAGACUUACCAGUACUUUUUACUACUAGUACCUUAGCUAUGGGAGUAAAUUUACCCGCACAUCUGGUAGUUAUAAAAUCUACAUUGCACUAUGUUGGAGGAAUGUUUCAAGAAUACAGUGAAACAGAUAUUCUGCAAAUGAUCGGGAGAGCAGGGAGGCCUCAAUUUGACACUACAGCUACAGCAGUUAUCUUGACUAGGUUAAGUACAAGAGAGAAAUAUGUACAGCUAUUAAAUGGUGCAGAUACAAUAGAAAGCAGUUUACACAAACAUCUUGUUGAGCAUUUAAAUGCAGAAAUAGUGUUGCACACCAUCACGGAUGUGAAAAUAGCUUUGGAAUGGAUACGAUCAACUUUCCUAUACAUCAGAGUUUUGAAAAAUCCAGUUCAUUAUGGUUUUUCGCCUGGACUAGACACAGUUGGAAUUGAAGCAAAAUUACAAGAAUUGUGUUUGAAGAAUUUGAACAAUUUGUCAUCUCUUAAUUUGAUCAAGAUGGAUGAAGAAUUUAAUUUCAAACCUACAGAGACUGGAAAACUAAUGGCUUGGUACUAUAUUGCAUUUGAUACAGUGAAACAGUUUUCCUCAAUGAAUGGAACAGAAACUUUAUCUGAAUUGAUCACAAUGAUAUCCGGCUGCGUUGAAUUUUCAGAUGUCAAGUUAAGAAUAAAUGAGAAGAAAAUAUUGAAUGCUUUGAAUAAAGACAAGAACAGGAUAACUGUCAGGUUUCCAAUGGAAGGGAAGAUAAAAACAAGAGAAAUGAAAGUAAACUGUCUUAUUCAGGCUCAAUUAGGAUGCAUUCCUAUUCAAGACUUCACUCUGACACAAGAUAUAGGCAAAAUUUUCAGACAUGGCUUAAGAGUUACUAAAUGGUUAUCUGACUUUCUGGCAUCAUGUAAAAACGAUUUUGCUGCAUUAUUAAACUCUUUGAUUUUAGCUAAGUGUUUCAGGUGCAAACUGUGGGAAAACUCUCUGCAUGUAUCCAAACAGCUAGAAAAAAUUGGUGUAACACUAUCAAAUGCAAUGGUAAAUGCAGGUCUGACAUCGUUUAAAAAAAUUGAAGAUGCAAACGCAAGAGAGCUUGAAUUGAUUUUAAACAGACAUCCUCCUUUUGGAAACCAAAUAAAAGAAUCUGUGCUACACCUGCCAAAAUAUGAACUUGACAUUGAACAGCUUGCAAAAUACAGCGAUACGGUGGCUGAAAUCUUAGUGACCAUCAUAUUAACAAACUUUAAACAGCUUCAGAUUAAGAGAACUGCACCAGACUUUCACUAUGUAACCUUGAUUAUAGGAGAUGCUGAUAAUCAAGUGGUUUUUAAACAGAAAAUUAUGGAUUCUGUCUUGCUGAAAAAUGGAAAUUGGACUAAAAAAAUUGAAGUGAAAAGAGCUCUUAAAUCUGAGGAACUUAGCAUAAAUUUAAUUAGCUCUGAAUAUGUUGGGGUGGAUAUUCAGCAAAACUAUACAGCCUUUUACUUAGGACCAAAAAGGUUUGGAAAUGAAGUGGUUUUACAAAGAAAAUUAGAAGCUGAGUCUUCGCCUAUGUAUCAUGCCUCUUCAGUAAGAUCAGCAGCAGCGAGAAAGGAUACAGGAGGUGCCUGUAACCGAGAGAUCACUUACAUGAAACUUGGGAACAGAGAAUGCAGCCAUCACUGUAAAAAUAAAGAUGUAUGUGGACAUGACUGCUGUAAAGUUGGAGUUUCACAGAAAUCUGAGUUAAAGAGAGAUUCAAAGUUUUCUUCAUACCUAGCUGAUUUAAGGAACAGAAACUCAAUUUCAUCAGUUCCCCCAGUAAAACGGUUAAAGAUGCAGAUACAGUUAAAUAAAUCUCAAAAUGUGGAUCUGAAACAAUUUGUUUUUACACCAAAAUCUUUGUUGCCAGCAUUGCCGAGGUCUGACAAUGCACAGUCUUCUGCCUCAGCUUCACGAGAACACUGGAAUAAUGUUAAUAUCCUUGGUAGACCUCAGAACCAGCUGCAAUCAGAGAGUUAUGAAAAGAGUAAUUUCUCUUGGGAACAUUCUAUGACUGUAAGUGAGGAGAGCCAUCAGAUGAUGACGUCAAAGAAAAAUCUUAAAGAAUCUUUAAUGCAUAAUUUUACUAAUGCAGAUAAAAGCAGCUCUUGGUUUUCAGAGGCUUUGAAUGUGAACUUUGAAUUGGGAGAUGAAGUUUGGGGAUUUGAUGAUGACAAAUUAAUACAUGCUAGCAGCUUUCUCACUGGUGUGGAGAGUAGAGAAGAUUUAGACUCUGGAAACACUUGCCUUCAAAGUACAAUAGAAUGUAAACCACUGUUUCAGAAUUCAGAGAACAAAAUCUCAAGUGACAUUUCAAAAAAUUUUUGCAUGUUACGAGAUAAGUCUGGUGUUCAUCUACAAAAUUCUGCCUUUUCUACAUUAAAUGUACCAACAGAAAAGAAAUUAUCUGUACAAUAUGAAAAUACGAAUGCUUUCAGCUUUCAAAAAAGAAAACAUCCAAAUCCUCUACAAGAGUUGAAAAACACGGAGUUUUCUCCUUACUCAGAAAUAAUCUCAGGUUCUUCUCAAUUCAUUGGAAAGGAGAAUUUUUUUAUUUGCAACAAAGAAAGGAAAAAAGAAAUUUUCAUUAGAUAUCUUUCAGACGAUGAAACCAAUGACAUUAAGCCUUUUCUUGGAAUAUUUGAUGACAUUUUCUAA